GUACAACAAAGUAUCCUUCUCGUCUUUACGAGGUUGGCAAAACUCCAAUUCAGAAUAUGAGCAUGAAACAUAGUUGUUUUUUGUCAAACAUUCAAACGCUGCUAGAAUCAGUUGGUGAUGAUGUUGCGUCUGAGUUGCAGAAAUCAGUUGUUGGAGUGAUUGUAAAGCUGAAAGAGUUAGAUUACAUCUGGUCUUCUUCUUGCGUUCACUAUUUCUCGCCAAUCAAUUGGCCAUCAAGAGGAGUCAUGAGAUGUGGUCCUUGA